AUGGAUAACGCGUCCGAGAAUUCCACUGACUUGUUCGAGGAAAGUGUUUGGUACAUCACAAGUACCUCUAUCGCCAUGAUUUCGUUAGCUAUUUGUACAAUUUUGGGGAACAUUUUCGUUGUUCAUGCCGUUUUUGAAAACAAAGCACUGAGGAUUGUUCCAAACUUUUUCAUUGUGUCUUUAGCUGUAGCGGAUAUGCUCGUUGCUGUACUUGUAAUGCCUUUUCACAUUUCCACCAACAUUACAGGAACCUGGAUAUUUGGGCAGGUGGUCUGUCAAAUAUGGCUCACGAGCGACGUCUUCCUUUGUACUGCAUCUAUUUUAAAUCUGUGCGUAAUCGCGCUUGACAGAUACUGGGCAAUUCACGAUCCCAUCAAAUAUGCACAAAAAAGAACAAUUAAACGAGUUCUUAUAAUGAUUGGAAUCUCUUGGACUCUCAGCGGACUCAUAUCUAUACCCCCUAUUUUCGGAUGGGGUGGAGACGAUUCGGAAAAUGUGUAUGAUCACAAUAACAGGUCUUGCACUCUAUCGUCUGACAAAGGGUAUGUGCUUUAUUCCGCAUGCGGUUCAUUUUAUAUUCCUCUGGCUGUAAUGACGUUUGUUUACGUACACAUUUAUAUAGCCACGCAACGCAGACUUCGUCAGCGGACGAAGGCAGUGAACAAAACUAAAUUGGCCAUGAUGAACAGCUCGAAGUUAAAGCCGAAUUCUAUGGGCGGGCUAACGAAAAAAGAAAGACACGAAAGCGACAGUACACACGAAGAAGCAAAUGGUUCAAACAACAUUGAUUGCAAAAACGAUUUGGAAAGUAGUUCAUCGUUAGAAGAAAAAUCCAAACCGUCGUCAGAAGCAACAACUCCGGCGUUACAAGUAAAAAAUGGUCGAACGCGAAAUGGGUCGUGUUUAUCAAAACGCAACAGUGUCAAAAGAAACCGGCAACUAGAUAUCGCACGCCAAACACGCAACGGGUCGAAUAUCACUAAUAUCUUUGAAGAGAGGCAGAAGAUUUCUUUGUCUAAGGAACGCAAGGCUGCUCGAACACUGGCAAUAAUUAUGGUCACCUUCGUCAUUUGCUGGAUACCGUUCUUUCUGAUGUAUCUUAUCCUACCGUUUUGCGAUUCUUGUACCCAUCCCGGCAUCAAAAUUGAGGUCCUUUUCGUGUGGCUAGGCUAUUUGAACUCCGCUUUAAACCCCAUUAUUUACACGGUGUUCAACAUGGAAUUCAGGAAAGCAUUCACAGGAAUUAUUCAGCGAUGUCGUGGAAAGCGAUUACGAGUGAAAUCUUUGCAGCCAUGGGUGAUCACUAUACCUGACGAUGCUUUAGCUGCCGCCCAUGGCGACUGA